ACCAUGAUAAUUUUUAAUAACACCACAUCAUCCUCCUCAGUCUUCCUCCUCACUGCAUUUCCUGGGCUAGAGUGUGCUCAUGUCUGGAUCUCCAUUCCUGUCUGCUGUCUCUAUGUUAUUGCCCUCUUGGGAAACAGCAUGAUUUUAUUAGUCAUCAUUAUUGAGCGGAGUCUCCACAAGCCCAUGUAUUAUUUCCUCUCCAUGCUCUCAACUGUUGAUUUGUGUCUGACUAUCACAACCCUUCCCACUGUGCUUGGUGUUCUCUGGUUUCAUGCCCAGGAGAUCAGCUUUAAAGAGUGCCUCAUUCAAAUGUUCUUUUUGCAUGCCUUCACCUUGCUGGAGUCCUCAGUGCUGGUAGCCAUGGCCUUUGACCGUUUAAUGGCUAUCUGUAACCCACUGAAGUAUGCCAAUAUCUUUACAGAUAUGAUGAUUCUGGUGAUUGGACUGGUCAUCUGUAUACGACAAGGAAUUUUCAUGUUUCCCAUUGUUGUAGCCCUAAAGACUAUGUCUUUUCAUGGGGGCCAAGAGCUUUCCCAUCCAUUUUGUUACCACCCAGAUGUGAUUAAAUACGCACAUUCCAACUCCAGGAUAAGCAGUUUUUGGGGAAUGUUUAUUCAGCUGUACCUAAAUGGCACUGACUUACUGUUUAUUCUUUUUUCCUAUGUCUUGAUCCUCCGUACUGUUCUGAACAUUGUGGCCCCAAAGAAGCAACAAAAAGCUCUUAGCACUUGUGUCUGUCACAUCUGUGCUGUCACUGUUUUCUAUGUGCCAAUGAUCAGCCUAUCUUUAGCACACCGCCUCUUCCGCUCCACCCCAAGGGUGCUCUGUAGCACUUUGGCCAAUGUUUAUCUGCUCUUACCACCUGUAUUGAAUCCUAUCAUUUACAGCUUGAAGACCAAGAUGAUUCGCCAGGCUAUGAUCCAGCUACUCCAAUCCAAGGGCUCACAGGGCCUUAAUGAGAGGGAUCUUAGAGGAAGAUGA